CUCAGACACGAGGCUGACGAGGAACUCCGAAAGGACAUCAGUUUUGCUAUCCGAAAUAUCCAUGGCAUAAGAACGGGUUUGUUUACGCCCGACCUGGCAUUUGAAACGAUCGUCCGCAAGCAGAUUGAGCGCAUGAAGAUUCCUUCACUCAAGUGCGUUGAUCUUGUGGUCGCCCAGCUAACGGAGGUUGUCCACGAAUGUACUGCCAAGGUAACUCGAAAAUAA